CAUGGCACAGAAGGAAGAUAUGGAAGAAAGAAUCACGACCCUUGAGAAACGUUACCUCAGUGCUCAGAGAGAAUCUACCUCCAUACAUGACAUGAAUGAUAAACUAGAAAAUGAGCUGGCAAAUAAAGAGGCCAUCCUACGGCAGAUGGAAGAGAAAAACAGACAGUUACAAGAACGUCUUGAGCUAGCUGAGCAAAAGUUGCAGCAGACUAUGAGAAAGGCUGAAACCCUACCUGAAGUAGAGGCUGAACUGGCUCAGAGAAUUGCUGCCCUAACAAAGGCUGAAGAGAGACAUGGAAAUAUUGAAGAACGUAUGAGACAUCUAGAAGGUCAGCUUGAAGAGAAAAAUCAGGAACUUCAAAGAGCUAGGCAAAGAGAGAAAAUGAAUGAGGAGCAUAACAAGAGAUUAUCCGAUACUGUUGAUAGACUUCUGACUGAAUCCAAUGAACGCCUACAGUUACACUUAAAGGAAAGAAUGGCUGCUCUGGAAGAGAAGGAAAGAUUAGCAGAAGAAAUUGAAAAGCUGAGAUCUGAACUUGACCAAUUGAAACUGAGAACUGGCUCUUUAAUUGAACCCACAAUAUCAAGAACUCAUCUAGACACCUCAGCUGAGUUGCGGUAUUCAGUUGGGUCCCUAGUGGACAGCCAGUCUGAUUACAGAACAACUAAAGUAAUAAGAAGGCCAAGAAGAGGCCGCAUGGGUGUGCGAAGAGAUGAGCCAAAGGUGAAAUCACUUGGGGAUCAUGAGUGGAAUAGAACUCAACAAAUUGGAGUACUAAGCAGCCACCCUUUUGAAAGUGACACUGAAAUGUCUGAUAUUGAUGAUGAUGACAGAGAGACAAUUUUUAGCUCAAUGGAUCUUCUCUCUCCAAGUGGUCAUUCUGAUGCCCAGACUCUAGCCAUGAUGCUUCAGGAACAACUGGAUGCCAUCAACAAAGAAAUCAGGCUGAUUCAAGAAGAAAAAGAAUCUACAGAGUUGCGUGCUGAGGAAAUUGAGAAUAGAGUGGCUAGUGUGAGCUUGGAAGGCCUGAAUUUGGCGAGGGUCCACCCAGGUACCUCCAUCACUGCCUCUGUUACAGCUUCAUCACUGGCCAGUUCAUCUCCCCCCAGUGGACACUCAACGCCAAAGCUCACCCCGCGAAGCCCUGCCCGGGAAAUGGAUCGGAUGGGAGUCAUGACGCUGCCAAGUGAUCUAAGGAAACAUCGGAGAAAGGUACUGGUGGUAGGCAAAGUGGGAAGAAAAUAAAAAAAUAACAUUCAAAAUCUAUUUGUUCCUCCUUUAGUACAUUUGUAAAGAAAAAAGUCUUAUGUACCCUGUGGACGGUGCAUCAAAAUGAACAGUCUGCCCUCUUUUGUAUUUUCCAGUAGUUUAUCUGCCUCUCUUGAGCCAGAAAGCCUUGGGCUUGGCAGUGCCAAUAGUAGCCAAGACUCUCUUCACAAAGCUCCCAAGAAGAAAGGAAUCAAGUCUUCAAUAGGACGUUUGUUUGGUAAAAAAGAAAAAGCUCGACUUGGGCAGCUCCGUAAGCAUGAACUUCUUGAAGAAGCUCGGAGAAAGGGAUUACCUUUUGCCCAGUGGGAUGGGCCCACUGUGGUCGCAUGGCUAGAGCUCUGGUUGGGAAUGCCUGCUUGGUAUGUGGCAGCCUGCAGAGCCAACGUGAAGAGUGGCGCCAUCAUGUCUGCUUUAUCUGACACCGAGAUCCAGAGAGAAAUUGGAAUCAGCAAUCCACUGCAUCGCUUAAAACUCCGAUUAGCAAUCCAGGAGAUGGUUUCCCUGACAAGUCCUUCAGCUCCUCCGACAUCCCGAACUCCUUCAGGCAACGUUUGGGUGACCCACGAAGAAAUGGAAAAUCUUGCAGCUCCAGCAAAAACGAAAGAAUCUGAGGAAGGAAGCUGGGCUCAGGAAUCAUUCAAAACCAGUUUGCAGUAUGGAAUUAUGUGCUUAAAGAGGUUGAAUUAUGACAGAAAAGAACUAGAAAGAAGACGGGAAGCAAGCCAACACGAAAUAAAAGAUGUGUUGGUGUGGAGCAAUGAUCGAGUUAUUCGCUGGAUACAAGCAAUUGGACUUCGGGAAUAUGCAAAUAAUAUUCUUGAGAGUGGUGUGCAUGGCUCACUUAUAGCCCUGGAUGAGAACUUUGACUACAGCAGCUUAGCUUUAUUAUUACAGAUUCCAACACAGAACACCCAGGCAAGGCAGAUCCUUGAAAGGGAAUACAAUAACCUCUUGGCCCUGGGAACCGAGCGGCGACUAGAUGAAAGUGAUGACAAGAAUUUCCGACGUGGAUCAACUUGGAGAAGGCAGUUUCCUCCUCGUGAAGUACAUGGAAUCAGCAUGAUGCCCGGGUCUUCAGAAACAUUACCAGCUGGAUUUAGGUUAACCACAACAUCUGGGCAGUCAAGGAAAAUGACAUCAGAUGUUGCUUCAUCAAGAUUGCAGAGGUUAGACAACUCCACUGUUCGUACAUACUCAUGUUGACAAGCCACUCAAAGGAGGCAGCACUGACCUGCUAUGUCGUCUUUUCAGUCUAUUCUACCUGAAGUGCACUACCAUCUAAGAAGAAGGGCAGUGAAAAUCUUCACGAAGACUGAAUUCUAAGAAAAUAACAACAAAGUGACGAUUUAUUAAAAGCUGAAAAAUGUGAUUUGGGGGGAGUCAGAUAAUAAGUUUGAUUAGUUUACUACAAUUGUAAUAAAAUGGUUAAGUCAUUUGAAUAAUAAACAUUACCCACAUCAUAAAUUCUGUACAACAAAUGCUUUUAUGAAAUGAAGCCACUUGUUUUUUCAUGUUUUAUUGUAAUAUACUAGACAUUUAUGUAUUACUGUGUAUUUCUUUUUAAAUGUGUCUUAUGUAAAUGGAUAUAAAUAUGAUUUUUUAAAAAAUAAAAUAUAUGGUUCAUGGAGUCUCAAGUGCAAACAUUUGACAAUUCCAAGUACUGUUUGUAUUUUACCAUUCCACCAUUUUUACAGUUUUUGAAUUGUAACAGUCAAAUCGAUAUGUUUCCUUGAAGCAUGUUUCAUGCUUCAACAUGUUUCUCCUUCAAUCUGUCAAUACUUAAAGCUGAACACCUGCCUCUGAUCAUGUAAAAAAGAAUGAUUUAACCUGGAACUGGAGCCAAAAAUAGACCUUUAAAGGCAAUCAGGGAUGUCCUAUAUCUUUAGAAAUAGCACUGUGAUGGCUCGAUCUCCUUUUCAAUACAAAACAAAGCCAAACUGUUUACAAGAGUCAAAAGCAAUUAUUUAAAAAUUUAUAUAAAAAAACCAUUAUCUUCUCUUGUUACCUGUGGACCAAGGGGGGAAAAAACUUCUUUACUAAGAACCAUGUGUUCAUUCAAAUAUCUUGAACCGCCAGCCAGCACGGGACAGUGAAUGUCAACCACUUCAGAGUCUGAGGCUUAUUUCCAAUGGAAAAAACAAAACCCCAGAAACCCUUUCCUUUUGUCAAUAUAACAGGGCAUUAGCCAGACUCAUGUCUAAUGUUAUAAGCUUUUAGCCGAGAUGGCCUUGUUGUGACUUCCCUGAAGUCAGUUUUAUCAGAGGAAAUAAACGAAAGACAGAAUGAUUAACAUAUAUAGUGUAUAAAAGUAUAGAAGAGUAAUCUCUUCCCUGUGGCUUUAUUUGGUGGUGUUACUGUUGUUUAUUCUUUGUUUAUAUGGGAGAUUUCAAAGUAAAAGCUAUUUAAUAAUACCAUUUAUCUAACCGCUGAUUUUCUGCUGCUUGAUCUUACUAAGCGCAAGACCUGUCAUUAGUAAUUUCUCUUUUGUAUUUUAAUUUGCUAUGUUUGCACGUACAUUACAUUUGUUUGAUGUCUAUUUUUGUUUAACAGAUUCAGUCAAAAGGUAAUGGUAACAGAAACCCUCUCCAUUGUCAAUAAAAAAAAUACUUCCA